CCCCCCCCCCCGCUGUCUCUCACCGCAGCCUCUUCUUCCCGCAGGUCCCGGAUCUUCGCCGCCUCCAGGAGGAAUCAGAAACUUGCGGGGCCGCCGGGGCUGGGGGCGUUCGGGACCCCCCCGCCCGUGCUGCUGCUCGCCCCCUGCAAUUGGGGAUCCCCCCCCCCGCCAACGCUGCUCAGCGACCCCCUGGAAUUUGGGAUCCCUCCCUUGAACGCUGCUGGUCACCCCCUGGCCACAGGUGGUGAGGAUGGGGCUCGCCGGCAUGGCCAGCCAGGCUGUCCUCAGGAGAGGCAGUGGGAGGCAGUGGAGCUGGCCUCGGCACCGGGAGAGGCUGGACUUCCCGUCUCUCUGUGCUGAAUGGCUGCGAUGGCGCCCGCUCUCACUGACGCAGCAGCUGAAGCUCACCACAUCCGAUUCAAGCUGGCUCCCCCGUCCUCCACCUUGUCGCCUGGCAGUGCCGAGAGCAACGGCAACGCCAACAACAUCCUCCUGGCUGCCAACGGCACCAAAAGGAAAGCCAUUGCUCCGGAGGAUCCCAGUUUAGAUUUCCGAAACAACCCUACGAAGGAAGAGCUGGGCAAGCUGCAGCCGCUAGUGGCCUCUUAUCUCUGCUCGGAUGUUACAUCUGUUCCUUCAAAAGAGCCUCUGAAGCUGCAAGGAGUCUUCAACAAGCAGACAGUCCUUAAAUCUCACUCUCUAUUAUCUCAGUCCUUCUUGAAAACAAGCGAUCUGUUGGGGAGGCAACCGGUGUUGGAAUUUACUUUGGAGAAUCUAAAAACAAUGAGUACUAAUAGCCAGCCACCUCUCCCGCAAGCGCCUGUGAACGGCUUGGCCAAGAAAUUGGCCAAAAGUACCAAUUCAGACCAUGAAAACUCGAGUGCUCUGAAUGGUGGGAAGUGUGCUCCUCCUGCCGCUGCCCUCCAGGGCGUUGACUAUAACGCAGGGGGUUCCGAAUCAGGGGAUUUGAAGACCGGGUUGACCAAUUGCACUCUUCCACACCGAAGCCUUGAUGCCGAGCACACGACUCCGUUUAGCAAUAAUAGCACUGCAAACAAAUCUUCCCUUAAUUCCAUGGAGCAACAGCGGGUGCUCGAGGGUGGCAGUGGGGAGAGCAGGUUGCCCGGUGCUGCUGGCCACUCAGACUUCGGGAGCGGUAAGUCGGAGGAGCAGAAACCUUCUCUGCUGGCCGGUUACCACAGUGCUCUCGACUCCGAGAUGAGGACGAGGGCAUUGCUGCGACGGCAGGCAGACAUUGAGAACCGGGCUCGCAGGCUGCAGAAGCGCUUGCAAGUGGUGCAGGCGAAGCAGGUGGAGAGACACAUCCAACAGCAGUUGGGUGGCUUCUUGGAGAAAACUCUGAGCAAGCUCCCGACCUUGGACCCCCUGAGGCAUCGGAGCCAGUUGAUGUUGACCAGAAAGGCAGAAGCAGCUUUGAGGAAAGCUGCGAGCGAGACAGUUACUUCAGAAGGCCUGAGCAGCUUCUUGAAAAGCGAUUCGAUAUCGGAAGAACUGGAGAGAUUCACAGCCAGUGGUAUGGCCAACUUGAGAUCCAGCGAACAAGCGUUUGACUCGGAUGUCACUGACAGCAGCUCAGGAGGAGAGUCUGACGUCGAAGAGGAGGAACUGACCAAAGCAGACCCAGAACAACCCCACGUACCGCUGAGACGAAGGGCAGAGUGGAGAUGGGCAGCAGACCGUGCAGCCAUCGUCAGUCGCUGGAAUUGGCUCCAAGCCCACGUCUCGGACCUGGAAUACCGAAUCCGGCAGCAAACGGAUAUUUACAAGCAGAUUAGAGCCAACAAGGGGCUGAUAGUUCUCGGUGAAGCAGCACCCCCUGAUCCUGCGGUAGAUGAUGCGUCCCGUGCCGUCAGCGCUGAGGGGAAGCUGGAGCCUGGGGCUGAGCGGCUGAGUGUUUCUGGAUCCCAGCCACUAGAGAACUCGGGGAUUUCUGCUUCAAGUACUCCUGAAUCCCAUCCCGCCAAGCCCUGUGGAGCACCGAGACCCGUCAAUGGAGUUAUUAACACUCUUCAGCCUGGCCUGGCAGAACACGCUCAGGGAGAUGGCCAGGAAGCUGAGGAGCUCUUGCAUAAAAAGCAACGACUGAACAUGGUUUCUGCAUCUGAUGGAACGUGUGUAGCAGCUCGCACUCGCCCAGUACUGAGCUGUAAGAAGCGACGGCUUGUUCGACCUAGCAGCAUUAUGCCCCUUUCCAAAAAGGUCCACCGUAACAGCCUGGUGCGAUGUAGCUGCGACGUGAACCCCUCAUGCGCUCUGUGCGGCACCCGGAGCUCGACGACUCUGGAAAUCCAGUACGAUGCCCCUCUGCUGGAGCGCCUCUCCCAGCUGGACUCCUGCAUCCAUCCUGUUCUAUCAUUCCCAGAUGACGUGCCGACGAGCCUGCACUUCCAGAGCAUGUUGAAAUCCCAGUGGCAGAACAAACCCUACGAGAAAAUCAAAGCUCCCAAAAAGCUCUCGCUCAAGCACAGAGCCCCCAUGCCUACCAGCAGCCUGUCCGACCCUAUUCGCAAGGACCGCCACAAGCUGGUGAACUCCUUCUUCACUGCAGCCAAGCGCUCACAUCAAAAAAUCCAACCAGACAAGGCACACAGGCCGGCUUUAGACGAUUUUACGGCCGUGUCCAAGGCCGAGAGAGCGCCAGAGCGCUCGCUUGUCCAGCCUCCUGCCUAUGACAAAAAGCGAUUGCGAGACUGCUCAUCUGAGAGGAGUGAAGUGUUGAAGCAUCACGCGGACGUCGGUGGCCCGAGCUACUUGUCGGCGGCUGCGACCCCUGCCCCUCACAGCCCUAUCGCACGGCAACUGUCCACCUCCUCGGAAGGCUCUGCCCCUGCCAGCACGAGCUCACAGGGCACCUCCAACGCAGCCCAGCCAAGGAGGAGGAGAGGGGAGAGCUCCUUCGAUAUUAACAACAUUGUCAUCCCCAUGUCUGUCGCUGCAACAACACGCGUGGAGAAGCUGCAGUACAAAGAGAUCCUCACACCCAGCUGGCGUGAAGUGGAUAUCGGCGCUCUGAAGGCGAGCCCUGAUGAAGACAACGAGGAGAUCGAGGACUUGUCUGAUUCGGCCUUCGCUGCUCGGCAUGGCAAAUGCGAGGAGAUGGAGCGGGCCCGGUGGCUUUGGAGCACGAGCAUGCCCCCGCAGCGGCGGGGCAGCAGGUCCUACAGAUCGACAGACGGACGGACGACCCCCCAGCUGGGGAACCCCUCGACUCCCCAGCCGGCAUCCCCCGACGUGGGCAGCUGCCACUCCCACUCGGAGCUGUCCCACACCCACUCCCCGCGCAGCCCCAUCAGCCCCGAACUGCUCUCAGCCCCCCUCACGCCCCUGUCCCGCGACUCCAUGCGGCUUCUGUCCAGCGAGGACACGCGCUGCUCCACGCCCGAGGCCGGCCUCGACGAGCAGGCCGUGCUGCCCUGGGAGCGGCGCACCUUCCCCCUGUCGUACGAUCCCAGGACAGAGUGCGAGGACCAAUCCGACCCCCAGGACCGGUCGUCGCGCUGCACCCGGCGCACGUCGGGCAGUAAAUCCUCCCGGGAGACCGAUGGCACUUCUGCUUUGCCCAACCUGGCCAGCCUCAAGAGCCGACCCCCCCUGGCGACACCCUCCUCCUCUUCCUCCGCAGCAGUUCAGCGGCCAGCGCACAGAUAGAGACAUACGGGAAGACAUGAGCAAAACCAACACACAGAACUAACUCUUGGCAUUAAAGCUUCCAAAAUCUGCGUUUGAUAUUCAAACAUCCUGCCGGGAAUUUUCACAGUUUUUAGUGAAUUUAAGGAGUUUAGAAACUGUUUUUUGUUUUUGUUUUUUUCCAUGUUUCCUUGUCACACAAAUGAGAGCCCCCAGAUUCCUCCCAGCAGAGUGAAGCCUCGGGAGGGGAGCAGCCCACCAGUCCCCCUCCCUCUUUUCUCCCCUCCCCUCUUAGGUGUAUAAAACUAGAGCACAGGAUUUAGCUGACUAGCGGACUUCGGGGAUAGUUUUUCUCAAGCAAAAGGGUGUCUUUUUCUCUUAACCCGCUCCCCCUCCCUGAAAGGUUUUAGUGGAGUGAAAUUAGUGGUGAAAAAGUGAUGUCUUGGGAUUGCAACCUUCACUAGCUGUCUGUCUGUCCUCACGUGCAGCGUGCCCACCCUGCACCGCCACCUCCGGCGCUGCCCUCCCGCAGCUUCUGGUUCCAGGUGUCCCGGGGGGGGGGUGACAGCCCCCGACCCCCACCCCUCUGCCCCCAGCCGCCCUCCGCCGCCUCCUUCCUUCUCCUUGUCCCAGAGCAGCUGCCGGCUGUGCCGAGCCCUGGCCACUGCCUCAGCCGGGGAAAAGGAAGGAAAGGACCCUUUUAGCCGCUUGACGCACAGCUCCGCGUGGGAGGAGAGGGAUUUCGGGCACAGCCCCGUUCACACCUCGCGUUGUUACCCUGGGUGGAAGGUGGGGAGGGGAGAGCCCCCCGCGCGCUGCGAGCAGAGGCAGGACGCGCCGUGCACUUACGGACCCUUCGGGGAUGUGAUCGUUGGCCAAGGCCAGCAGCAGCUCUCGGCUGGGAGAUGCGGGGCUGUGGCUGUGGCUUCGAGCUCGGCCUUUGUGUCCCCUGCAGGGCUGGGAAGGUUGGGUCAGGGUCAGGGCAGCUCUGGGCUGCGGCUCCAAGGAGCCGCCGAGAGCUGCGGGUCGAGGGAGCGUCCCAUGGCAGGAGCGGGGCUGGGCAGGUCUGGGUUGCAAGGCCGAGGCGCUGGGGUGGCUCCUUUCGGUGGGUUUGGUCUCAGAGAGAAGGGGAAAAAAGCGAGGGAAGAGCGGCGCUUUGCCGGGGGGGUGGGCAGCUCCCGCCGGCGCCGACGUGCUGGGAGGGAUGGGAGGGAUGGGGAUCCGUCACCACUGCUUCGCUCCACUUCCACGCACGGUCCGAGAAAGGUGUCGAUUCUGUUUCAUUUCCGAGUCUGGUCUGACACGCCACCUCCUGACAGGUAUUUUAUUUUGGAACCGACUUCGCUGUUGUUCCUCCCGUCCCUCCCUCCCCGGCCCUUUGCACCCGCAGCGACUCCCGGAUCCCGCACACCGUUCCCAUCUGUAACGCUUUCUGAUCCCGACGGUGUGGCUAUUGGUCCCUGUCCUGUUGCUAGCAUUGUGCCUGUCUUAUGUAUAAUCACAUCACCAAAAAAGGAAAAAAAAUACAAAGGACAUAUUUUUUUUUCCAUUUUGUAAUCGUAAAGAAAUAGUAGCUAAACUGCUUAAUGGUUGGGGUUUUCACAAUUUUCAACAUUAUCUAGUGUUUUUGGUUCUGUUCUAGUUUAAAGGAUAUGUCAUCGUUUCUUUAAAAAAAAAAAAGAAAAAAAAACAAAAAACAAUGCUACCAUAUCCCUCCGCAUAAGUGCUUUUCUAUUUAUAAGGUUGAAAAUUCUGAAUAACCCUUUUAGCAUUAUAAAAACCACAAAAAACACCUUGUAUUUUGUAAAUAUUUUCUUUUCCUGCUUUGAGCUGUGUAAUGUCCUUGUUAUAUAGAAAUGCUUUUCUUCCGAGAAGCUGAUCUUUGUUAAUGUCUUGAUUCUGUUGGCAAAGCACAAAUGUGCUUAUAAAAAAAAAAAAAAAAAAAAGAAAAAAAAA